CAAAAUGGCUGUCAUUGUAGAUGGCAUUCAGUUGGUCACUUUUAAUUUUAGUCUUUUUGAUCAUAUGUAAUUCAUUAUUCAUGGUUUCAAUAUUUAUAUUUACAGCUGCAUCCUUUGGCAAGUCGCAACUGAAACCUCUUCUACCUUUAUUACAAAGUAUUCCAGACGAAUUCUUUCUUUUGGCAAAAAAUUCCAUGUUAAGUUUAACCACAGAUUUGCUCCCUUGAUCUUCAACGUCUGUUUUCUUGGCUGUUUUUUGCAUCUUAAGAGAAAUAUGCCUUGAACGUAGGUGGCUAUGGUGUCUGGAUUGUCAUAUUAAUUGCAGUGUCUGGAUUGUCAAUCAUUUCUUUAGGUGGCGAUUUGAGAAUGCUGAAGGGUAACAUAGUGAAGUGUAUUCCUCUGGGACAAUCUGUUGUUGGAAGGCUGUCACAGGAUAUUGUUGCUGCAUCAUCUAACCUCUCUGUAAGGUUCUGGUUGAAAUCUUGCCCAAAGAAUUGCUCGAAUGGAAGCUACAAAUGCGGAAAUCUGCUUCUGCAUAUGCCAACUCACAUCUCCAUGCCACAAAAGCUGAAGUGCUAUUACUUUGCAGUGGAAGAGAUCAAUUGUUUCCAAGUGAAGAGGAAGUUGAAGGACUACGCCAUGGACUCCCAAAUUGUGAGAUUUGUAAGUUUGGUGAAAGCCACCAUUCUCUCUUCCUGUUAUGUCUCCCUCAAACUAGCUAUGGCUGGUCAUGGCAGAGGAAAUAAAGGCCAACAAGGAAAAUUAACUGAGAUGCAAUGUGACCAUAACCCUGCAGACACACUGGAAGGUAGUCUGGAGGUUGAGACUGUGGAUGGAAGGGAUGAUAACCGUUUUCAUGAAGCUGGAACCGCAAAUCAAGUGGUAAGAGGUGG